AUGAUCGCGAUCGAAGGCACAGCUGCAGUGAGAGAUCCGUCUGAAGCCUCCAAACUGACCGUCAGCUUCUCUCCCUUCACGCCCCCGGGCUCCUACUGGGUGCUGUCCACAGACUAUGACCGUGUGUCCGUGGUCUACUCUUGCACCGACAUCCUUCGUCUCGCUCACUUUGAGUUCGCUUGGAUCCUGUCCCGGACCGAGACCAUCAGCAACGAGACCCGGUCCAGGGCUGAGCAGGUCCUGGUCCAGGCCCAGGUCAAGAUGAAGGAGUUGGUUUGUCUGAGCGUCCUGCUGUGUGUCUUCUGCUCCUUCAGCGUGCCCUAUGACGAGGCCCCGGCCGUGCCCUACUGGCCCUACUCCACCUCGGACUUCUGGAACUACGUGGAAUACUUCAAGUCCAUCGGAGCCUACGACCGGAUCAACGAGAUGGCGAGGGCCUUCUUCGCUCACCAGCACCUGGGGGACACGCUGGGCUACGAGACCAACGAGGGCCACGAGCACUGA